AUGCAGUCCCGCGAGCCCGUCACGGCGAACGAGGCGCUGCUGCUGCGUGCCUCAUGCCUCGCGCCGCACCACCGCGUGCGCGUCCGCCACAUUCACUUCGUGGGCGGCUGGAGGUGGAAGGGCAUCCCGCCCGACGAGAAGUGCGGCAUCUGCAGCAACGCCUUCGAAGUGCAUUGCAACGCGUGCGACAAACCCGGGGAAGCCUGUCCGCCGGCCUUCGGAGCGUGUGGUCACGUCUUCCACCUUCACUGCAUCGGGACGUGGCUGAGCAGAGAAGACGCUCUGCGCGAGAAUCAGGCUGGCUGCCCGCUUUGCCGGCGACCGUGGCGCUUCAAAACUGCGAGCGAAACUCCUGCGGCGAACGAGGGAGGGCCCGGCGAGACCCCCUCGCGCUGA